UUGGAGAAGAAUAGUCGUUUAUUAGUAACACAAGUACUCGAUGUAGUUAAGAGUUUGUGCCUUAAAUACUAUAUACAUCUUCCUUUUGAGUAGAGCAUAAUAUGCCAAUAAAGAUCAUCAUGGAUUACGCCCUAGAAUUAAUUUUCAUUCUGAAGGCAUUGCGUGUGGUUGUUUUGGUGAUUGGUAUUCUUGGCAAUUGGAAACUAGCUAAAGGAGACAAUGAGCAUGCUGGAAGAAAACUUGUUGAUUAUGUUCCAGGAUUCAUAAGCAUCGAUUGUGGGGCUACCGAAGAUUACUUGGAUGAUGUCUCUGGUAUAUUCUACAAGUCAGAUACAGGUUUUAUAGAUACUGGGACAAAUUCCAACAUAUCCCCCGAGAACUACUAUCCAUAUCCGGAUGGUGGGCGGCAAACAAGAAACCUGAGAAGCUUUCCACAAGGAAAAAGGAAUUGUUACACUUUGAAACCUGAACAAGGCAAAAAUAGUAACUAUCUCAUUAAUUUUUUCUUUUAUUAUGGAAAUUAUGACAAGAAGAAUAAAAUUCCAAAGUUCGACGUGUAUGUCGGGGUUAAUUAUAAGAAGACAACAUAUAUCGCUGAGGUAUAUUCUACAUAUCUUUUCGAUGUGAUUCAUGCUCCCACGUCAGACAUCAUAUACGUAUGUUUGAUAAACACUGGGUAUGGAAUACCUUUUAUUUCUGCCUUGGAAUUACGUCCUUUGGACAAGUCCCUUUAUCCAUUUGACUUUGGAACGUUAACAAAUAGCUGGCGAUAUGUCCUGGGCACAGCCACAGAUCAAUAUAAGUUUAUCAGGUACAAGAACGAUGUUUAUGAUCGCAUAUGGUAUCCUUAUAUUAAGUGGCCAAACUCAGUUCCGAUCAAUACCUCCUCAGAUAUUGACACACAGAACAACAAUGAUAGUUAUCGACUACCACCAGAAGUAUUGAGAACUGCUGUCCAGCCAUCUAAUGGUGAUAAUUCCUUAAUUUAUGAUAGCCUGCCCAUUUAUAACACUGGAAACAUGUGUUUUUGCUUUCACUUUGCUGGAAUUUCAAAACUUACGCAAGGAAAGAAAAGAGAAUUCAUUAUUUCUGUGUAUGGGGGAACCGAUACCUAUACCUCAGAGCCAAUAACGCUUGACCAUUUAAAGCCACUGUCCAUAUGUCUCAAUCGGAGAAUCGAAGGCCAUUUUAGAUUUGUUAUUAGUGCAACAACGCGGUCUGACCUUCCUCCCAUCCUCAACGCGUUUGAGCUUCACAACGUAAUUCCUCAGUCUGAUCUACACGAACCAACCAACUCAAGAGAUGAUGGCGAUACGGACGUAAGUACGAACAGGUGGCGAGCAAAUAAGUGGUGGAUAUGGCUCAUUGUGGCAGUAGGGGGAAUCAUCAUCGCCUUGUUGUGCUUAUUAUGCUAUGCAAAAGUGAAAAAACACAUAGCUGAAGGGGAGAGAAAGAAGAAACAAAAGAUACUUCUACAAGAACUUAGAGGUAAUGCAAUAUCGUCCACUGUACGUGACAAAGUGAAGAAACGAAAUAAUGAUAGGCAAGAUAGCCAUGAAUUGCAAAUCUUCAGCUUUGAAACCAUUUCUGCUGCCACAAGGAAUUUUUCAACUAAAUAUAAAUUAGGAGAAGGUGGUUUUGGACCAGUUUAUAAGGGUGAAUUAUAUGAUGGGCAGAAAAUAGCAAUAAAGAGACUCUCAAGAAGUUCUGGACAGGGAUUGGUAGAGUUCAAGAAUGAAGCUAUUCUUAUUGCCAAACUCCAACACACAAAUCUUGUAAGAUUGUUAGGGCUUUGCAUUCAGCAAGAAGAAAAAAUUCUAAUCUAUGAGUACAUGCCCAACAAAAGCUUAGACUUCUUCCUCUUUGAUUCUACUAAAAAGUCUUUAUUAAAUUGGAAAAAACGCUUCAACAUCAUUGAAGGCAUUGCUCAAGGACUUCUUUAUCUUCACAAAUAUUCAAGACUAAGAGUAAUUCACCGAGACUUAAAAGCAAGCAAUAUUUUGCUUGAUGAGGAUAUGAAUCCAAAAAUUUCUGACUUUGGCUUGGCUAGAAUAUUUGGGUUGAAAGGAUUAGAAGAAAACACAAAUAGAAUUGUUGGAACAUAUGGUUAUAUGUCUCCAGAGUAUGCCAUGAAUGGUGUUCUUUCAAUAAAAAUUGAUGUAUUCAGCUAUGGAGUCCUACUAUUGGAAAUUGUGAGCAGCAAGAAAAAUAAUAGUUGCUAUUACUCUGAAUAUCCACUCAACCUUAUAGGAUAUGCAUGGCAGUUAUGGAAUGAAGGGAAAGGUUUGGAGCUAAUAGACCCAACAAUAAUAGAUGAGUCAUCCCCUUCAUCUGAAAUAUUGAGAUGCAUUCAUGUUGGUCUUUUAUGCGUACAAGACCAAGCAACAGAUAGACCUACCAUGCUAGAUGUUGCAACUAUGCUUUCAAGUGAAACUGUUCAACUCCUUCCUCCAAAACAACCUGCAUAUCUUAUCAACAUUGUUCAAGAAAAACCAUUAGAGGUUUCUGAAAUUAAGCCAGAAAAUUGUUCCAUAAAUGAUGUUACAAUUUCAGAGAUGAAAGCAAGAUAAAUACUAAGCAAGGGUGGUUACAAGACCACCCUGACUUGACCAAAAAA